AUGGCGAAAACGUUCAGCUUGGCGUCGGACAAGCAAUUCAUCCACACCGCCACCAAAGACGAGAAGACCAGCGCGGGCAAAAUCGUGGCCCUCUACGUCUCCGAGUACAAGGGCGACCCAAACGGGUUCGACAUCACCCGAGCCGGCGACGACGGCUGGGUCGGCCAGUUGGCCCGGGUGAGCAACGACCCGGACCAGCUGCGCCAGGGCCUGGCCACCCACGAGGCGGUCGAGGUUAACGGCGUCACGAUUCAGGGCGAGCGGCUGACGGAGCUUUUCAACGACCUGGCGGCGGAGAGGGAGGCGGACAGGGGGAAGAAGAGCUACCUGAUGGCCAACCGCCAGGGGCUCUGUCUGGUCAACGUCGGCGGGGCGACGGUGAAGAAGGUGAGGGUGAAUGAUUACUUUGGGUGGUCGAAGUACGGGGUCAAACCGGCGGCGGGGGAGUGGAAGAGGGUCGACAUGGCCAAUGGGGAGGAGACAGGUGGCGGAGACGACGGGUGGAAGUGGCCGUGGCCGUGGCCGUGGCAGUGA